GGCCAGUCCAUGCCUGAAAGUCCGCAGUUUACCCAGUCCACUGUGUCCUUUCCGUUUCUGCACUUUACCCUGGUCCCUAUCUAAAAAAAUGGCGGUGAUUUCGCUUUCACAGCAGACGAGUGGAACAUCGACAUAAAACCCGGCAAACAUGGCAUCCAAAAUAGAGAAAUCGACUCCAGCAACGGGUAGCCCCGCAGAUUUGAAGGAGAAAAAAAAAGAAAGAAUUUUGGACUUGUCUCGUUACAUGGACAAAUUGAUCAGAGUGAAGUUUACUGGUGGUAGAGAAGCAGCAGGCAUCCUCAAAGGUUAUGAUCCUCUUUUAAACAUAGUCUUGGAUAACACUGUGGAGUAUCUUAGGGAUUCUGAAGAUUCAUUCAAGUUGUCAGAAGACACAAGGCAACUCGGUUUGGUAGUUUGCCGUGGAACAGCAGUUGUCCUCAUUUGUCCUGCUGAUGGUAUGGAGGCCAUUCCAAAUCCAUUCAUUCAACCAGAGUAAUUACAACUAAUCGAACAUUUGAAAUGAAAAUAAUUUGUGUUGUCUGACUUUACAAUAAAAAAUAUAAAAAAAUGAA